ACGCCCAUUAAGGAGACCGGAAGAGACUCGGCUUUCCUAUGCGCACGAUGCCGGGCCGUGUGCGUGCGGAACCUUCACGCGGACGAGCCGCACUCGGUGGGGGCUCUCGUGUGUCUUGUUCCAGGUUCACCCGUGAGGGGUCCGUAUGCUACCGCUACCAACCCAGGUGGGCGCAGGGCUCGUGAUGUAGCACCGCUAGGCCGGUUACCCCGUUGGAGGACACAAGAUUUCCACACCUGCUCAGUAAGCAAAGCAGAAGAAGCAUCUGUCAUUCAUGUCAACUCUGCAAGAUGAGUACAGACAGACCCAAACGGAAUAUCAUCAAAAAAAAAUAUGACAUCAGUGAUGGAAUGCCCUGGUGUGAAGAACGUCUUGUGCGCAAAGUUCUUUUCCUCUCCCUCAGGGAAUUCAGAGACACACGCCGUGCUACACAUGGUCACUUACCUGUAUAUGGGCACAAACACAAGCAUGUUGCAAAAGCUGCACUUUCACAUGAACCACAAAAGUCAAGUCAAAAGCCCCAGCAACAAAGAGUCUCACACAGACUACAGAAUAUGCAGAAAAAUACACACAGUCUCCAAAACACUAAAGUUAAGUCAAAACAUCAUCGUGAUCGCACUAACAAAGUGCAAAAAACUAACUUAUCUCAGGAUACAUAUUCACCAAAAAGUAAAAGUAAUCAUAUAGAACGGAGGAUUCACACGCAACCUAAAAGGUCUCGAGAAAAAACUGUGCAGCACACCAGUUUCCAAGAACAUUCACACAAUAAUUCAGUUUCAACCAGGACACUACGGUCACAAAAAAUGCCAAAUCCGCCAUUAAUGUCAACCUCUAAAUAUACAAACACUACAAAACCACAGACAACCCAGCACAAGCACAGAGUUAAAAAUAUGAUGCCACCCAAGAAUGUACGGACACUCCUGAGGACUCCUGUCCCGACCAGGAAUCGGACGUCACGCUGUCCCAAAGGGAUCAAGGGUUCCCUAGUGAAUGGCACCGGCCAGUGUCCGUCCUCGCGGUCAGGCAGCUCAAGCUGGAGCUGGUCCUUCCAGUCAUGCCCACAGCGCCACCCUGUCAGCCUCCUUUGUGACAAGGAUGACCCACAUAGCAGGAGGCCAAGGCUGCAAGCGCAAAGAAAGUUUGCCCAGUCACCACCCAGUUCUCCUGGUCCACCAUUGACAUCAUCACCACAGUGUAGGCACAGCCACAACCUAGCAGUAGUCAGCAGUCUAACCAGACGUCGACCCAAAACUGAGGACUUCUUAUCUUUUCUCUGCCUAAGAGGUUCAGCAGCGUUGCCAAGAAACAUGGCCUUCUUGAGUGGACGAGAGAAGGAAGUAGUCACCAAUCGACAUUUUAAUUCCAGUCUUUCCAGCAGUCCAAAGACUGUCAUUGACAGGAACAAUACAGUCACACAAACAGUGCAGCCAGGCUGUAGGUCACUGAACCUUGGAGGCUCUGACUAUGCAGAGGGCAGUUCCAUCUGCCAUCUAACUGCCCGGGCACAAAGGAGAAGGGAGAGAGAGAGGAAGGAGGAGGAGGGGCAGCGGAUAAAGAAUGAAUGUAUGGAGGCUGGCAGGAGAGAGGAAGUUCCAAAACACCACCUGAGACCUAGGCACUUCUCCAUACAGCUCAGGAAGAAUAAAAAGGUCACCAAGGUUGCCAGAGUUUCUGAACAUAGCAACUCCUUUGUCAGAUCGGUUUCAACUUUGAAGCCUAAAACAGGGGGUGGUGGCAGCCAGCAAUUCCCAAGGCCCAACAAUACCUGUAAACUAAGAGGCCACUCCCAAAGCCAACCAGAAGUAGUCAAGCGCAUUCACCUCUCCCAACACAGCAACCACCAGCUGCCUCACAAUCAAUGCCUAACAGUUUGUAAGUUCUACAGUAACCCCGAGACUCUUAGAGGUCUUCAGAACUCAGGGAGAAAUCCAAGCAGGGCACCAGCUCAAAUGCCAUUGACUACUAACGUAGCCACCAGACAGCUCAACGAGACCCCUGGGGUUGUGAGAUUGUCUAGAAGAAGGAGAGGCCUCCCACCAGAUGCAAAUGCAACUCCUCUUAAUCAUUUUUCUACCGACAAUCCAUUCAAGAAGUGCAGGACACAACAAUCCAAUGGGGAUGUUCAACUGGAAAGUGAUUACUGUAACAACGAGACUGAUGCUAACUGUAAGGAAGAUGUCCAAGGGGAACAUGCUGUCCAUAAGGUAAGAAACACUGGUAGCCUUGAUGCAGAGCUUACAAAAAACGCGCGUAUUGGAGAGCUGAAAAUAGUAAGGGACAGUUAUGUUACUGAGGCCAUACAUAAAGUUAAUGUUGGAAAGUUUGGUUCGUCGGCAAGCAUCACUACUCUUGAGGUCAAACAUAAAUCUGACCUUGCUCCAGUCAGUGAGAUUGUGUGCAGAAGUGUGAGAGAAAAAGAGCUACAGAGGAACCUGACAGUUGGGUCAGCUCCGAGCUCCAAAACAAUUCCCAGGAUUACUGUUUCUAGGACUGUUAUCAGAGAUUCAGGACAACCUUCUGUUCCUAAAGCUCUAAUCAACUCAGUGACAUCACCAAACGUAUAUAACAAACCACCAGCGACUCUUUCUGCCAAACACAGUCCAAAGGGAAAUAAAAAAGGUGCUAGCAAAGACAUUGUUACGUUUAUUUCACCAGCCAGCAGCUGCUCCGUUGACGAUUCCCAAUGUGCUGCAAUUGACUCUUCCAAGGGCUGGACUGCUGACUCAACAAAGGAUGGUAGCUAUUCUGUAACAUCCAAGGGCUCUACAAAACGUCUUAGGCAGAUCAAAUCUACUACCUCAACAGUUAAAACAAGGAGCAGUCCUAGAAUCCUUCUCAAGCGCUAACAAACCUGAUCCAUGGCUCAACAUGUUUACAGAUUCACUGUUUACUAUAUUAAGAUUUAAUAUCAAGGAGACAAUAAUUAUAUACAGUACACCCACAGCAACUAAUGAGUUCCACGUCGGGAGCUGUCUCGAAAAAUCCUCUUUACUUAUCCAGCCAUUAAUUUUCGAUACCGCUUGUCCUCAUUAGGGUCACAGGUGAACUGGAGCCUAUCCCAGCUAACUUUAGGUGAAACAAUUGGUACACCCUGGACUGGUCCCAGCCAAUCACAGGUCACACAACCAUUCACAAUCGCAUUCACGCCUAUGGACAAUUUAUUCUGCAAUUAAACCAAAUUUCUUUGGGAAUGUGGGAGGUAGCCAGAGAACUAUGGGAAAACCCACACAAGUGGGGAGGACAUGCAAACGCCCCACAAGAAGGCCAGAGUUGAGAUUCAAAGUUCGAACUUCAGAACUCUAGGGUAGAUGUGCUAAUCACUAACUCACCAUGCCCAUUUAUAUACAUUUUUUGUAAUAUUAUUAAUAUAGUAUUAAUUUGUUUGAUUAAUAAAUACAGUGGUACCUUGAGAUACUAGUUGCAUUCGUUCUGUGACCAUGCUCUUAUCUCAAAAACUCAUCUCAAAACUUAUUUCGCCAUUAAAAUGAAUGGAAAUACAAUCAAUCCAUUCCAGUCCCCCAAAAGACACCACAAUUUUUAGAAAUGUGGAGUGGAGCCUCCUGCUGCCAUGGAGCACUCAUUUUUCAAGUUUGGGCUCGCAAGUCAACGCAAAAACUCGGCCAGUCGACGACUCACAUCUCAAAACUCGGAAGUUGGGUCACUCAUAUCUCGAGGUACCACUGUAAUGCAAUAUGUAAUUAAUAAUAAAGAGCAUUAUUAGAAUACAGUAAAAAUAUUAAGGAAUGUUUAAAAUUGUUUGUAUUCGAGUUUACAGCAAAGCAUCGUAAGAGAUGGUUCUGUAGCUACCAUAGGCCUGACAGUGAAGGGAAGAAACCUUGUAACUGUAAGGUCCAUCAUUAAAAAAAAAAAAGGUAAAUUAACUUUGACAUGCAGUUUUAUUAUCUUUGUAAAGGCAAAAUCUUUGAUACAGCUCCUGAACUGACUCACAUUAGAUGAUGCAGGUGUACGAAAUCUUUUGGCCAGUGAGUGUAUUUAAAAGACCAACACUGGAUAUUGCUGUAAGAUAUUUUAUGUUCUUGUAUACACUUAUCUAUUAUGAUGUUUUUAUAUAGAUGUACAGUAAAAAUAGUUUGAGCAAUAUAAUUGUGUUAUCUAUUAAUUGGAUAUAGUGAACAAUCACACUAUAUCAAAUAAUGAUUUCAGGUGCUUCCAUGUACUAUCUAAAAAAUGUUUGUCCUAAAAAGAAAAAUCAUACUACUUUUCUGCUCUUUUACUUUAAGCCGUCUCCUCACUAGUAUUGAGAUGUUAGUACCACAUAUGUUGUGUUACAAAAGAUAUAUUUCAAAUCAAACUGCAAGUUUUCUCCCUGGAACUACACAUGGACAAAAUUGUUGGGACACCUCUGGUAAUGAAAGAAAAACCCACACUGGUCACAGAAAUAACUUGAAUCUGACAAAAAUAAUAAUAAAUACACAUUUUAUGAAAAUUCACUAAUGAAAAUCAGACAUUUCUUUUAAUUGUGGUUCAACAGAAUUAUUUUAAAAAUCAAAUUCAUGAAACAGGCCUGGAAAUUCCCAUGGGCUCACCACCUGUGGGAGGGGCCAUAGGGGUCGGGUGCAAUGCGAGCUGGGCGGUGGCCGAAGGCGGGGACCUUGGCAGAAGCUGACUCGAGGGACGUGGAAUGUCACCUCUCUGGCAGGGAAGGAGCCCGAGCUGGUGCGUGAGGUCGAGAAGUUCCGACUAGAUAUAGUCGGACUCGCCUCCACGCACAGCUUGGGCUCUGGUACCAGUCCUCUCAAAAGGGGUUGGACUCUCUUCCACUCUGGAGUUGCCCACGGUGAGAGGCGCAGAGCAGGUGUGGGUAUACUUAUUGCUCCCCGGCUCGGCGCCCGUACGUUGGGGUUCACCCCGGUGGACGAGAGGGUAGCCUCCCUCCGCCUGACUGUUAUUUGUGCCUAUGCACCAAACACCAGUUCAGAGUACCCACCCUUUUUGGAGUCCUUGGAGGGGGUGCUGGAGAGCGCUCCCGCUGGGGACUCCAUCGUUCUGCUGGGGGACUUCAAUGCUCAAGUGGGCAAUGACAGUGAGACCUGGAAGGGCGUGAUUGGGAGGAACAGCACCCCCGAUCAGAACCCGAGCGGUGUUCUGUUAUUGGACUUCUGUGCUCGUCACGGAUUGUCCAUAACGAACACCAUGUUCAAGCAUAAGGGUGUCCACACGUGCACUUGGCACCAGGACACCCUAGGUCGCAGUUCGAUGAUCGACUUUGUGGUCGUGUCAUCGGACUUGCGGCCGCAUGUCUUGGACACUCGGUUAAAGAGAGGGGCGGAGCUGUCAACUGAUCACCACCUGGUGGUGAGUUGGCGCCGAUGGUGGGGGAAGAUGCCGGUCCGACGUGGCAGGCCCAAACGUAUUGUGAGGGUCUGCUGGGAACGUCUGGCGGAAUCCCCUGUCAGAAGGAGUUUCAACACCCACCUCCGACAGAACUUUGCUCAUGUUCCGGGGGAGGCGGAGGACAUCGAGUCCGAGUGCACCAUGUUCCGCGCCUCCAUUGCUGAGGCGGCCGACCGGAGCUGUGGCCGUAAGGUGGUCGGUGCCUGUCGUGGCGGCAAUCCCCGAACCUGUUGGUGGACACCAAUGGUGAGGGAUGCCGCCAAGCUGAAGGAGUCCUAUCGGGCCUUUUUGACCUGUGGGACUCCUGAGGCAGCUGAUGGGUACCGGCUGGCCAAGCGGAAUACAGCUUUGGUGGUCGCUGAAGCAAAAAAUCGGGCAUGGGAGGAGUUCGGUGAGGCCAUGGAGAAAAACUUCCGGACGGCUUCAAGGAAAUUCUGGUCCACCAUCCGACGUCUCAGGAGGGGAAAGCAGUGCACCAUCAACACUGUGUAUAGUGGGGAUGGGGCGCUGCUGACCUCGACUCGGGACGUUGUGAGCCGGUGGGGAGAAUACUUCGAAGACCACCUCAAUUCCACCGACACGCCUUCCCAUGAGGGAGCAGAGUCUGGGUUCUCUGAGGCGGGUUCUCCUAUCUCUGGGGUUGAGGUCGCCGAGGUGGUUAAAAAGCUCCUCGGUGGCAAGGCCCAAGGGGUGGAUGAGAUUCGCCCGGAGUUCCUCAAGGCUCUGGAUGUUGUAGGGCUGUCCUGGUUGACACGCCUCUACAACAUCGCGUGGACAUCGGGGACAGUGCCUCUGGAUUGGCAGACUGGGUCGGGUCCCCCUUCUUAAGAAGGGGGACCGAAGGGUGUGUUCCAACUACAGGGGGAUCACACUCCUCAGCCUCCCUGGUAAAGUCUAUUCAGGGGUGCUGGAGAGGAGGGUCCGUCGGGAAGUUGAAUCCCAGAUUCAGGAGGAGCAGUAUGGUUUUCGUCCUGGCCGUGGAACCGUGGACCAGCUCUACACCCUUUGCAGGGUCCUCGAGGGUGCAUGGGAGUUCGCCCAACCAGUCUAUAUGUGUUUUGUGGAUUUGGAGAAGGCGUUCGACCGUGUCCCUCGGGUGGCCCUGUGGGGCGUGCUUCGGGAGUAUGGGGUACCGAACCCCCUGAUACGGGCUGUUAGGUCCCUGUACGACCGGAGUCAGAGUUUGGUCCGCAUAUCCGGCAGUAAGUCGGACUCGUUUCAGGUGAGGGUUGGACUCCGCCAAGGCUGCCCUUUGUCACUGAUUCUGUUCAUAACUUUUAUGGACAGAAUUUCUAGGCGCAGCCGAGGCGUAGAGGGGGUCCGGUUUGGUGUCCUCAGUAUUGCAUAUCUGCUUUUUCCAUAUGAUGUGGUUCUGUUGGCUUCAUCAAGCCGUGACCUCCAACUCUCAUUGGAUCAGUUCGCAGCCGAGUGUGAAGCGGCUUGGAUGAGAAUCAUCACCUCCAAAUCUGAGACCAUGGUCCUCAGUCGGAAAAGGGUGGCGUGCCCUCUUCAGGUCGGGGAUGAGAUCCUGCCCCAAGUGGAGGAGUUCAAGUAUCUUGGGGUCUUGUUCACGAGUGAGGGAAGAAUGGAACGGGAGAUCGACAGGCGGAUUGGUGCAGCGUCUGCAGUGAUGCGGACUUUAUAUCGAUCCAUUGUGGUAAAGAAGGAGCUAAGCCGAAAGGCGAAGCUCUCGAUUUACCGGUCGAUCUACGUUCCUACCCUCACCUACGGUCACGAGCUGUGGGUCGUGACCGAAAGAACGAGAUCCCGGAUACAAGCGGCCAAAAUGAGUUUCCUCCGCAGGGUGUCCGGGCUCUCCCUUAGAGAGAGGGUGAGAAGCUCGGUCAUCCGGGAGGAUCUCAAGAGUAGAGCCGUUGCUCCUUCACAUCGAGAGGAGCCAGAUGAGGUGGCUGGGGCAUCUGAUUCAGAUGCCUCCCGGACGCCUCCCCGGUGAGGUGUUCCGGGCACGUCCCACCGGGAGGAGACCCCGGGGACGACCCAGGACACGCUGGAGAGACUACAUCCUUCGGCUGGCCUGGGAAUGCCUCGGGAUCCCCCCGGAAGGGAUGGAUGAAGUGGCUGGGGAAAGGGAAGUCUUGGGCGUCCCUGCUAAAGCUACUGCCCCCGCGACCCGACCUCAGAUAAGCGUUAGAAGAUGGAUGAAUGGAUGGAGGCCUGGAAAAAUGAUGGUAACCCUAGAAAAGAUUGAAAAUAAAUUGACCAUAGGGAGAGGUUCAAACAAGUGCGCUCUCCUCUAAUUAGCAUCAAAGGUGUCUUCACACUUGUAAUCGGUCAGUCGGCCUAUUUAAAAAAAAAAAAAAAAAAAAAAAAGAAAAAAAAAGGGUGACAAGUAAUCACUGUGUUUCGUGACAUUGUGCGUACCACCCUAAACAUUGACCAGAGGAAGCGAAGGAAAGCAUUGUCUCAGGAGAUAAGCAACAAAAUUAUAGACAAGCACAUUAAAGUUAAAGGCUAUAAGACCAUUGCCAAGCAGCUUGUUCCUGUGACUGCAGUUGGACAUAUUAUUCAGAAAUUUCAGAUCCAUAGGGCUGUAGCCAACCUCCCUGGGUGUGACCACAGGAGGAAAAUUGAUGACAAAUUGAAGAGACAGAUUAUAUCGGAAUGGUAACAAAAGAGCCUACAACAACCUCCAAAGAAAUUAAAGGCGAACUCCAAGGUCAAGGUACAUCAAUGUUAGAUCGCACCAUCCAUUGUUGUUUGAGCCAGUGGAUUUCAUGCGAGAUGACCAAGGAAGACGCCACUGUUGAAAAUAUAUCGUAAAAAUGUGAGACUGGAAUUUGCCAAACUGCAUGCUGACAAGCCACAAAGCUUCUGGGAGAAUGUCCAAUGGACACACAAGACAAAACUGGAACUUUUUGCCAAGGUACAUCAGCUCUAUGUUCACAGAUGCAAAAAAUGAAUCAGACCAAGAAAAGAACAUUGUCCCUACUGUGAAACAUGGAGGAUGCUCUGUUGUGUUCUGGGCCUGCUUUACUACAUCUGGCAUAAUCUGUGUAGGAUACAAUGAAAUCUCAAGACCAUCAAGGUAUUCUAGCGAGAAAUCUGCUGCCCAGUGUCAGAAAGCUUGGUCUCAGUCACAGGUCAUAGGUCUUGCAACAGGAUAAUGACCAAAAACACACAGCUAAAAACACCCAAGAAUGGCUAAGAGCAAAACCUUGGACUAUUCUGAGGUGGAUUUCCAUGAGCCCUGAUCUAAAUCUUAUUGAACAUCUGUGGAAGGAGCUGAAACAUGGUGUCUUGAGAAAAAGCACCUUUAAAACCUGAGACAACUGUAGAAGUUUGUUCGUGAAGAUUGGGCCAGAAUACCUGCUGAGAGGUGCAAAAGUAUAAUUCGAAAGUUAGAAAAAUCAUUUGAGUGCAGUGAUUGCCUCAAAAGGUUGUGCAACAUAUUACGUUAAGGGUACCAUAAUUCUUUUCCAGACCUGUUUCCUCAGUUUGUUUUUUAAAAUAAUACCACAAUUCAAAAGCAAUGUCUGAUUUUCAUUGGUUAAUUUUCAUUAUUUUUUCAUUUAUUAUUACUUAUGUCAGAUUCAAGCUAUUUCUGUGACCACUGUGGGUUUUUCUUGUAUUAACAGAGGGGUACCAACAAUUUUCUCCACGUGUAAUCCCCCUGGAGUCUAAUGCACUUUUCCAGCUUUCUCUACCACACCUGCACUCCUGGAUGCUCUGCAGAUAAGUCAUCAUGGCCAUCGCAAUGUCAUUCAUGUUUUCAAAAGGAGUCCCCUUUAUGACCACCUUGAGCAUACUGGGAGGUUGCUCCAGCACUGUGACGUUCUUGUGGGCCAGUAACCAAUGUUUGCUCAGGGCAUUGUGAUCAGGCGUGUUGUACAACCCCAAUUCCAAUGAAGUUGGGAUAUUGUGUUAAACAUAAAUAAAAACAGAAUACAAUGAUUUGCAAAUCAUGUUCAACCUAUAUUUAAUUGAAUACACUACAAAGAUAUGUAAUGUUCAAACUGAUCAACUUUGUUUUUAGCACAUAAUCAUUAGCUUAGAAUUUUAUUACUGCAACAUGUCCCAAAAAAGCUGGGACAGGUGGCAAAAAAGACUGAGAAAGUUGAGGAAUGCUCAUCAAACACCUGUUUGGAACAUCCCAUAGGUGAACAGGCUAAUUGGGAACAGGUGGGUGCCAUGAUUGGGUACAAAAGGAGCUUCCCUGAAUUGCUCAGUCAUUCACAAGCAAAGAUGGGGCGAGCUUCACCUCUUUGUGAACAAGUGCGUGAGAAAAUAGUCCAACAGUUUAAGGACGAUGUUCCUCAAGGUACAAUUGCAAGGAAUUUAGGGAUUCCAUCAUCUACGGUCCAUAUCAUCAUCAAAAGGUUCAGAGAACCUGGAGAAAUCACUGCAUAUACGUGGCAAGGCCGAAAAGCAACAUUGAAUGCCUGUGACCUUCGAUCCCUCAGGCGGCACUGCGUCAAAAAACGACAUCAUUGUUUAAAGUAUAUAACCACAUGGGCUCAGGAACACUUCAGAAAACCAACGUCAGUAAAUACAGUUUGGCGCUACAUCCGUAAGUGCAACUUGAAACUCUACUAUGCAAAGCAAAAGCCAUUUAUCAACAACACCCAGAAACGCCGCCGGCUUCUCUGGGCCUGAGCUCAUCUAAGAUGGACUGAUGCAAAGUGGAAAAGUGUUCUGUGGUCCGACGAGUCCACAUUUCAAAUUGUUUUGGGAAAUUGUGGAUGUCGUGUCCUCCGGGCCAAAGAGGAAAAGAACCAUCCAGACUGUUAUGUAUGCAACGAUCAAAAGCCAGCAUCUGUGAUGGUAUGGGGCUAUGUUAGUGCCAAUGGCAUGGGUAACUUUCACAUCUGUGAAGGCACCAUUAAUGCUGAAAGGUACAUACAGGUUUUGGAGAAACAUAUGCUGCCGUCCAAGCAAUGUCUUUUUCAUGGACGCCCCUGCUUAUUUCAGCAAGACAGUGCCAAACCACAUUCUGCACGUGUUACAAUAGCGUGGCUUCGUAGUAAGAGUGCGGGUACUAGACUGGCCUGCUUGCAGUCCAGACCUGUCUCCCAUUGAAAAUGUGUGGCUCAUUAUGAAGCGUAAAAUACGACAACGGAGACCCCGGACUGUUGAACUGAAGCUGUACAUUAAGCAAGAAUCGGAAAGAAUUCCACCUACAAAGCUUCAACGAUUAGUGUCCUCAGUUCCCAAACGUUUAUUGAAUGUUGUUAAAAGAAAAGGUGAUGUAACACAGUGGUAAACAUGAUCCUUUUUUGGAACGUGUUGCAGCCAUAAAAUUCUAAGUUAAUGAUUAUUUCCUAAAAACAAUCAAGUUGAUCAGUUUGAACAUUAUAAAUAUCUUGUCUUUGUAGUGUAUUCAAUGAAAUAUAGGUUGAACAUGAUUUGCAAAUCAUUUUAUUCUGUUUUUAUUUGUUUAACACAACGUCCCAACUUCAUUGGAAUUGGGCUUGUAAUUGUGAAGCAGUUACGAAAUGCCCAGCCAAUACUCUGGCCUCUUCUUGAGCAAUGAACGAAGCAAACACCGCAGCAUCUGAUUGUAGACCUGUUGGUUGUUCAUCUGGCUGAAAUUUAAGGGAAAACUCAUAGUUUUGGUUUAAUGUGCACGUAUCUUUUAGUGACAAACCUUAUUUUCACAUUGGAAACCUAUCCAUUCCCUUUGACGUGUGUGUGGUAUUGCAACUGACCAUGAAAGCACCUGCUCUAUGAUGUGAUAUAAAGUUUUUGUCAUCGUGAGCAGCUAUCUUGGGAAAGGCAGCUGUGCUACUGGCCUGUCUGUGUGUUCAUAAUGGGCUUUUUACUGUUGCAUACAAUUUCCUUAUCUGUUCAGUGAAAAAAUGUGAAGUGCUCAUUAAUAAAACUGAUCUUUGUAUUUUUGCCGUUGCAGUCA